AGGGCGGGACGUUGCUGCCGUCCAAACAUGGCCGUUAAGCAGUUUACGGCAUCUGCUCCUGCGUUUGGCUGAGGAAGCCAUUGGCGGUUGGUACUUUAGUAACAGGUGGCCAAUAAAAUGUAGACGCCUAACAGACGCCUCUGUACUGUCGUAGCGGACUAAAAGUUGAGCGGUAACAGUAUUUACAAACUUUACUCCGCACUUGACGCUAACUAGCGCGACCAGCUAACACCGACGUUAACUUGGGUCAACUUUUUCCAAAGCAGCUAGCAUGGAGGAACACUUUAGUUCUACCAAGAUAUCUGCAUGAUUAUUCUUCUAUUUAAAGAUGCUUUUGGGUCAACCUUCAGGCGGACUUUGACUUUUUGAAGGCUCAGUUCGAGCUGUUUUUCCACUGGCAGCGAAGGGAACAAGCGCUUUUCUCAACGCCCAGGCAUCUAGGAAGCUGAGCGGCAGGGCGGACAUAAACCAUGUUUUCUGUAAAACCCAUAAAACCAACCUUCAAGUGUUAUCUUCCGCCUUUGCAGGGUGAAGUGAAGAAAACCAUCGACCCACCAAUAAAAAAGUUGGAGCCCAAACUACUUCCAGGGGAGAUAGUUGUAAAUGAGGCCAACUUUGUGAGAAAAUGUAUUAGUCCUGAAAGCAGCCAAGAUGACCUUUGGGGGAAGUUGAUAUGUACCAACUUUAAGGUCUCCUUCAUCCCUCAAGAUUCUCCAACUAAACAGAAGUCCCAGCUAUCCCACUUGCUGCUUGGAGACCAUGAUGUCCCUUUGACAUGUUUAGAACACGUAGUAACCGUGAAUGAUACGAAGGGAAAGAAAAAGGUGUUGGGGUCAAACCAGAAGCUCAAGUUUAACCCCACUGAGCUCAUCCUUUACUGCAAAGACUUGCGGAUUAUAAGGUUCUGCUUUGAUGAGGCUGGGCCCGAGAGUGCUAAAAAAGUUUGUCUGGCCAUUGCUCACUACUCCCAUCCAGCUGAUCUCCACCUGCUGUUUGGCUUUGAGUACCAGGGGCGGCGUUACCAUGAAUGUAAAGCUGAAACACUCAAUGGGUCUGUCCCACGAGGUGGAUUGCAGACAGCAAUAUUUGAUCGUCCGUCUGACUGGGAUAGAGAGAUCAAGAGAACGGGUGCCUCUGAGUGGAGAGUGUGCUCUAUCAACGAGUUUUAUUGCGUUUCCUCAAGCCUUCCAGAGUUCAUUGUUGUUCCCGUUUCUCUAGCAGACCAGGAUUUGAAGCAGUACUCUAUUUACUUUACUGACAACCGCCUUCCACUUUGGUGCUGGAAUCACCCCAAUGGAAGUGCUCUUCUGCGCACGGCCAGUGUGUGUGACCCAGUCCAGCAGAGGAAGAUUGAGCAGAGGAUCAUCACUGCCAUCACAAAAAGCAACUUACAGUGCAGCGAAGUCUUCAGUUCAGAUCUGGACAAGUGUCUGCCCAACAUCCAGGACAUCCAAAGUUCAUUCAUUAAAAUCCGACAAAUCUGCGUCAUAGAUCCUUUUGAGGAGUCUGAGGAAAGGUGGUUUUCAUCCAUGGAAAACUCUCGAUGGCUUGAGUAUGUCAGAGCCUUCCUGAAGCAUGCAGCUGAGAUGGUUUACCAUUUAGAAGGGAGGAAUGUUUCAGUCAUUCUCCAAGAGGAAGACGACAGAGACCUGAACUGUGUGGUGUCCUCCUUGGUGCAGCUCAUGUUGGACCCUCACUAUCGGAGCUUUUUUGGCUUUCAGAGUUUGGUGCAGAAGGAGUGGGUGAUGGCUGGCCAUCGCUUCCUGGAUAGAUGCAACCACUUAAAAAAGAAUGACAAAGAGGAGCCUCUUGUGCGUUUUGUUUUCUCUCUUUCCUUUUUUGUGAAGUCUCCUGUAUUCAUGCUGUUCUUGGACUGUGUGUGGCAAAUGAUGAACCAGUAUCCAGCUGCAUUUGAGUUCACAGAAACCUACCUGACCGUGCUUAGUGAUAGCAUGUGGAUCCCACUCUUCAGCACUUUCCUCUUCAGCUCUUCUAAACAGCGUGCGCAAUACUUGAUGGACUUUGCUAGGAACAAAGCGAUCCCGCAAGGGGAGGAUCCAGUUGUGUACUUCCCCCCUGUUUGGAACUGGUCACAGCAAUUCUCCUUGAAAGACCAAACUCUGUUCAAUAACCCUAUGUAUGUUGGCAAAGGAGCUUCCUGUGUUCUCAAUGGGGAAGUGAAAUGCUUUAAGCGCACAAAGAAAUAUGGUUCCAUCUUGCGAGGAGCCUCUGUAUCCCUGCGUAACGGACUGAGAGGCCCCACGGAUGGUCUUACCCGACGAAGCUCUUUGGGGUCAGAGCUAAAGCCCGAGUUCUCAGUGAUGAAAGAAGUGGUAGAGAGCCCGUCCGAGCGUUUCUUUAGGGACUGGUUCUCUCGCCCUGCCGACCAACAGGGUCUUUUGAUUCCGCUGCUCACGCCAUCUCACGUGACCCUUUGGAAGCUCUUCUUUCUCCGCUGGGUGCCAGAAGCCUGCAUUCCUAUGGGGGGAUCCAUCACUGCGUACCACAAGCUCUCCCAGCUGGUGGAUGAAAUAGAGAUGUUGCGGGACCACCUCAGGCAGUACAAGGCACCUACUCCAGGUGGCACACCUCACCCGAGUUCAAGAGGCCCCCCUGCUGCCCAAAGGCGGAUGUACUUUAAGGCAGCUUCCCCAACGGAUUCCCCUCCAGAAUUCCUUUCCUCCACCUUCCCUUUCACCCCUGUGGGAAACCUGUGCCGCCGCAGUAUCCACGGGACCCCUAUCAGCAAAUUUCUGAAUGGAGCGAGGAUCUGGCUGUCCACAGAGACGCUUGCUAAUGACUCCUUCUAAAAAUCUAUGCUUAUUUAAAUUCCUGUUACCACUCUUAAAUAUACAGAUGACUAAUAGAGAAAUAAUUUCUUACUUCUUUAUUUUUUGUAUGCAACAAUUACAACUUGUAUCAUUGAUGCAGCAUCAAAAUCUGAGGCCCUUUUUUUAUAACUGGAAGAGCAUCAACAGUUUCCCCCACCGUACAAGUUUAACAAUUUAGAAUGGAGAGGUACAGUACAUCUUUCCAUGGCUAUUGUGCCCUCAUGCUGUGAAAACAUAGAUUUUUGUUUAUUUUCACACUCAAAUCUCACUUCAAUGUUUCUUUAGCUAACAGCUCUUUUGUAAUAUUUUAUGAUCAUCAAAUGCUGCAUAUAGGGAAUUUAUGAUUGGAUUAUGUGCUCAUUAAUGUGUGGGAUUGAUGUAGCAACAAUGAUUGCUUUUUCCUACACUGAUUUCACAGUUUCCCUUCUAUGAAAUGUAUUGAAGAUCUUCAACUUUGGCUUUUAUUCCUCAAUUCUCAAAGGAACAUAACACUACUAACCUGUGUCAAGAGGUGGAAGCAAGAUGGAACUUUGUCAGUUGAAUGUAAUGGUCAAUGUCUGUGUGAAAGCGUGUAAACUUCAAGCUACUUGCAAGUUCUAUUGCUUGUGUUAGGCCAUUUCUGUUUUUUAGCACAUAGUGUGAAUUCAGGGUGUCAUUUUUAGCUCUUUAUAGCAAACAUAAAAAAACAUUCACACUUAAAGGGGAAAAUGUAAUUUGUUAUGACUUCAAUAUGAAGUUGAUAUUGUCUUUCAUUUGAGAGCCCCUUAGAGGCCUUAAGCUAUUAACCAGUACUUUUUUCUAACUGCUGAACCAAAGAGUGGUUUGUGAAAUAGUAAGUUGAUUCAUCAGUGUGAUGCUCUAAAAAGGUGUUGAUAAGCUUGUAGUAUCUAAUUUCAGAAUGACCCAUAAAUGUAAUAUUCUUUGGCAAUUAUGUGCUGGAGUGAGUGCUGCCCUGAAAGAAUGCUAUUAAUUGCACAUUUUACUCUAUUUGUUUUAAAGAUGGUUGAUUAUUAUUUUUCUUUUUUUUAAAUAGAUAUUGUAUAUGCUUAAAUGUUUCAGUUAAUAUUUUGAGCAAUGGUACUAGACAUAACUAAUACUAAUUUAUAUGAUUUAUCUUUUCACCCUUUUCAUUGUUUGACUAUCCUCUGCUGUAUUGUAUGACAACUGUGUCUCCACUGUGACUCAGUUCGAUAUUGAUUAGCAGUACUUUUUAUUUAUUCACAUUAUGCAAAUUAUCUCUAAGUGGAGGGAAAUGGUUUUUCUUAGUCUAGUGCCUUUGGAAGAUUUCAGAAUCAUACUCUGUAUCUGGUGAUUUGAAUCAAGUCUUAAACUGUUAACAGGUACCGCACUGAGAAGGUUUUCCUGGUAGUGAAGGGGGUUCAAACAUGUACAAAUGACUAAUUAAUACAUUGGUUUUCAGCUGA